AUGCCGACCGUCAGGAGCAAGAAGAAGAAGCCGAAGAAGGAUGAAGCCGAGGGAGAGGAGCAGGGCGAAGUGGGUGUGGAGCUGGAGGCUGAGGCGGAGGAAGUGACCACUAGGAGCCGCUCUAACAGCAGGGACCCUCUGACCCCGGAGCCGCACGAUCCAGCACCACAGAGGAAGAAGAAGAAGAAGAAGGCGUCUACUAUCGAUCUGGAAGCCGAGCACGGCGACGUGCCAAACGGCGACAUGGCCGAGUCCGACAUGGACGGAGAGGAACGGACCGUGGCUGUAACCAGGAAGACCAGGAGGAAGAAGAAGGCGAGGGCGACGGAGCACUACAGCAACGACCUCGGAGCCGAAGACGACGACAUCGUCUCUGGCGCCCAGUCCCCGAUCCCCCAGCAUUCCCUGUUCUCCUCCGCCCCCCACGGACACAGCCAACCGGUCGGCAAAGUCUUCGUGGAGAGGAACAGGCGUUUCCAGGCAGAGCGAGUUGAGCAGCUUCGACACUCAGAGAUGAUGGAUGACUACAUGGACCCCAGACAGAUCUGGUCCACCAGAGACGUCGCUAUAAGGGUCCACAAUGGCUUCAGGGUGAUCGGUCUGUUCUCUCACGGUUUCCUGGCCGGCUACGCCGUGUGGAACGUGAUCGUGGUGUACGUGCUGGCGGGCGAGCAGAUGACCACGCUGCCCAACCUGCUGCAGCAGUACCACCUGCUGGCCUCCCCGGCCCAGUCGCUGCUCUACCUGCUGCUCGCCAUCAGCACCGUGUCCGCCUUCGACAGGGUGAACCUGGCCAAAGCCUCCAUGGCUCUGAGAGGCUUCCUCACGCUGGACCCCGCUGCUCUGGCCUCUUUCUUGUACUUCAUAGCCCUGAUCCUGUCCCUCAGUCAGCAAAUGACCAGCGAUCGCAUCAACCUCUACCCUACAGGCAACCAGACCCUGUGGCCCCCGGGGUCGGAGCAGCAGAUCCUGCAGCCGUGGAUCGUAGUGAACAUGGUGGUGGCGCUGUUGGUGGGCCUGGCCUGGGCAGUCGUCUCUACGCGGCCCGACAUCGACUACACAGAAGAGUUUUUGAUGACAAUGGAAGUGGAGGGAUACCCGAGAGUAGAAGAUCUGGACAUCCCUGCCUGAAAACCUGUCUGUCUCUCUGUCUGACUUUCUUUGUGUGU